AUGGAUGUGUAUGGCUUCCCCUUGUCACAAGGACAAGGGAGUGCGCCCGCGGUUUGGAUUUCCGACGAAGGAGAUGGUGCAAGAUCAGGCCUAAAAAACAUUAUGAUUGGUUGGGAUGUUUUACCGGACCUGUACGGCGACUCCAAGACCCAUUUUUAUACCAAGUGGACCAAUGAUGGGUAUCAAAGCACAGGUUGCUUCAACACGAAGUGCAAUGGUUUUGUGCCUGAAAAAGGUGCAGCCAUCGCCCCUGGAGAUGUCAUCGACCACGUAUCAUCUCCCAAGGGAGCCAACCGAAAUCUCAACCUCAAAAUCAUCAAGAACGGCACAUCAGGUGACUGGCUUGUGCACUGCGGGCUCGAUCGUGACCCUCAACUGAUCGGCCGUUUCCCUAGAUCGCUCUUCACCGGAGGCUUUGCAGAGAAAGCCGUCGGCGUACUGUUUGCAGAGAAAGCCCCUAACGAAUCCGGCGCCGAUGGGGAGUGGAAUAAGUGA